UUGCGCCCCAGCUUUUCCCCUAGACUCCUGAAACUAGGGGCCCCAGUGCCGGAUCGGGAAAUGGUGGAAGGACCAGGUUGUACUCUGAAUGGAGAGAAAAUUCGGGCGCGAGUGCGCCCGGGGCAGGUGGUGACGGACGUGCGGGGGAGCGCCUUGCAGAGCCUGGGGAGCCCGGGCUUGCCUCACUCUGUCUCAGGGGCCGCGGUGUCUUCGCAGGCUGCUGCAGUGAGGGAGAACGCGGAUUCCAGCCGGCACGCCCAGAGACUGUUGACUGGGUCCGUGUACAGCGGCACGGAGACUUUGGGGAAGGAGCUCUUCCUGUACUUCGGCCCGAAGGCUUUGCGGAUUCAUUUCGGAAUGAAAGGCUCCAUCACAAUUAAUUCACUUGAGCAUAAAAAUAAAAGUGGAGUUUCUCCCGUGUUGGAAGUCCAGCUCACCCAGGAUUUGGUUUGUUUCUUUGACUCCUCAGUGGAACUCAGAAACACAGCAGAAAGCCGCCAAAGAGUACGAAUGAUGGAAGGAUUAGAUGUGUGUUCGCCUAAAUUUAGCUUCCCCAGAGCUGAAAAAGAGGUUAAACAGCAGAUGGGACGGAUGCUCUGUGAUGUGUUACUGGAUCAGAGAGUCCUGCCGGGGGUGGGGAACAUCAUCAAAAACGAAGCUCUCUUUGACAGUGGUCUCCACCCAGCGGUGCAGGUUUUUCAAUUAACAGAUGAACAGAUCCAUCACCUUGUGAAAAUGAUACGUGAUUUCAGCAUUCUUUUUUACAGGUGCCGUAAAGCGGGAUCUACUGUUUCUAAACACUUUAAGGUUUAUAAGCGUCCUGACUGCGGUCGGUGCCACUGCAGAAUAACUGUGUGUCGCUUAGGGGACAAUCACAGAAUGACGUACUUCUGUCCUCGCUGUCAGAAAGGAGACCCACAACAAGUUGACAUAUGCAAGCUGCCGGCUAGAAUCACUGCACUCGGCCAGACGUCCAGCAGAACGCAACGUCUUGUGGACCACGUGGCCGGGAGAAGUGAGGCGUACUGGGCAUGCGCGGCCUGCACACUCGUCAACCAGCCUACUUCCACCGCAUGCGAUGCUUGCCUGACUGCCAGGCCUCCUGAUUGGAUACUGAAGAAGGAAGAAAAUUCUGCCUCUAACAGCUUAGUGAAGUACCCCUGUAAUAGCUUUGGAAAACCUGGUACCCAAGUGAAGAUCAACAGGAAAACUGCAUUUGGAACUACAACCCUCGUCUUGACUGAUUUCAGCAAUAAAUCUAGUCCUUUGGAAAGAAUAAAAAGCCAACACCAGAUACCACAUGGGGAAUUUGGAAGCUCGGCUCCCACUGACGUUCGUCUCGGUGGUACACCUCCCCGCUCCGAGGAGAGAGCCCACAACCCCACUCACCGACCUACCACAAUAACUGCACCCUCCACUGUCCACCCUCGGUCUCUGUUAUCCAGUCCAGCAUGUAAGAAACUGAGAACAGCCCACCACUCAUCGCCGAGUCUCGAAAGUCACAGCCCUGGACCUUCUAACAGUGAACUUCAGACUAGCAGGACAGACGGUGCUGGUGCAUCGGCAGCUCACAUCCCUCGCUGCGGUCAACACCGCCGCCCCUGCGUCCUCCGAGUGGUGAGGAAGGACGGCGGGAACAAGGGCAGAUGCUUCUACGCGUGUCCUCUGCCUAGGGAAGCACAGUGUGGAUUUUUUGAAUGGGCAGACCUGUCCUUCCCACUCUGCAAGCACGGCCAGCGCUCCGUCCUGAGAACAGUGUUGAAGAUGGGGCCUAACACCGGGAGGACGUUUUUUGCAUGUCCUCUGGGUAAGGAAAACCAGUGCAAUUUUUUCCAGUGGGCGGAAAGUGGACCAGGAAUGACCAUCCCUCCAGGAUGCUAAUCUUUUCCCCUCCUGUGACAUAUCUAACGUGUCGUCUCUUCAAACUACAUGUUUAGCCCCCUUUUGUUUAACUGAAAGGUUGUAGAGUAUCUGUGGCACUUUAUCAAGUUAUUGCAACGUUGGAAAACUUUUUUUUAAUGUAUGCCAUCUUUCUAUUUUAUGUUUUUUUAAUUUACCUGAUGAAUGCUAUUUGUGUUUUAUCAAA